AGAGCGGCUAGUUCAGUAUGUUGCAGAAUGCAGAAUGGCGCGGUUGAAUGUGAUACGAAGUUGUGGGAAUAUGAAGCUCCAUAAAUUUCUCCUUUUUUUCCAUGUCUUGGACAUUGUCUACAAAGUUGUGCAGAGUGUUGAUGGACACGCGCAAGGUUUUGUGGAGGCAGGUAGUGACAUCAACGGGCUAGUCGAUGGUGUCCUUGCACAAAUUUCAGAGCCAUCGGCAGUUAGCAGUUCAUCGCCUGUCAGCUUUGCAGACUUGGAAGACAGUAGCACAAACAUGUACGCAAGCCCGAUAGCAUUUGAGCCUGCUUUCAUGGACUUCAAAUCACAACCAUUAAGUAUGCCUGUGCGUCGACGAGUUGUUGUGAAGAAUCUGAGUCCCGAGUCGAGCAUAGAAAUGCUGUCCAUUAGCGGCAACACAGCUAAUUUUCACUGUUCCUUCUUUCAAGAAAAGAGGAUAUCACCAGGUGGAAACACCACAUUUGACAUUGUGUACCUUGGAAGGGAGCGGGGUCUGGUUGAAAAUAUAUUAUUUAUUCACACAUCUUUAGGCUCUUUCAAGUACCAGGUGUCGGCCUUUGGAAAAGAGAAUCCAUACAGGUUACGACCAUUUGUUGGUGUGCGCAUGCCUCUCAACAGUAGCUAUACGCCACUGAUCUACAUGCACAACCCUCAUAGCUCCACCAUUCAGCUAACUGAAAUUUACUCCAGUGGCGGAGAUUUGCACCUUGAAAUGCCAGAUGGUGAAAACAAGAUCUCAAAAGAACUAUGGGAGAUUCCUCCGUACAAGACUAAGCCGGUGAUGAAGGCAAACUUUGUGUCCCGAAUCGAGAAAAAUCACACAGCAUUCAUCCGCAUAAAGCUCAACAGCACCAACCAUGUAGACCUGAUUCUGCCCGUAGAAGUGGAAGUUGUCUCGUUGCCUGGCAUAUUUUCACCUACGGAGACACUCGACUUUGGAGUCAUGCACAGCCAGGAUGAACCAAGAACUCUCCCUUUGAACCUCUUAAAUUCUGGCCCCAAACAGCUUUACAUCACUAAUGUCAUUGUUACCCCGGUGAACGAGGCAGUCGAAGUCAAGUUUACGCCCACCAAGGUGCCCCCUGACACUGUUCGGUCCACGCAAGUUGCAACAGUGACCUACAUUCCCUCAAAAGUUAAGCACCUGAAACAAUGCUCCGGCAAGAUUGUGGUGAAGUCUAAAAACAACCAGUACAAGUUGACGAUACCAUUCCAGGUAUAUUUCAUGAAUGGGUCACUAGAGUACAAUGUGAAUGGCACAGUGUUCUACAUAGGGAGAGCGAAAAGUCUUAGCAAGUCAGACGUUAGGCCACUAAAUAUUUCCAAUACUUUCCCAGUGCCAGUAGUAAUCCACAGCAUUGAACUUCAGCCAGAGAGUCAACCUCAUUUCACUGUCAUAUUUAACUCGUCAACAGUUUUGCAGCCAAACGAAACAAAACCAGUGGUGUUUCUCAAGUUUCACCCACAGAAGACUGCUCUGCAGCUGAAUGCAACACUAAGGCUGCAUACGAACAUAUCGCACUUCAACAUUCCUCUCACAUGCUACAGCGGCAGGCUAACACUGAGGCUUCACCAUGCUGUCAACAAUGAGUCCUUUCUUGACUUCGGUACCCUUGGUAUUGGGAACAAGCGCAGCAUGUUUUUUGUGGUCAUCAAUGAGAAUCCUAUAGAGGUAGUGAUCAAGCACUGGGGAACGAACAUGACCAAGACGUUAGUCGAGCUGGCCACCGAAGCUGAAAACAGCAGCACACUAGUCGGAAACUACAACUUCUCCAGCGUUGUGAGAAAGAUCACCCUGUUGCCCCUACAUUAUGCACUGUUUCGAAUCAGUGUCACAGCACCAGAGACUGAGGGGGUUUUCUGGGGUGAAGCCUCCAUCGAAACAAACCAUGAGCUGCUCAAGGUCCAGUUUACGAUGAGGACAGCAAAGGGCAGCCUCAUGUCGGAUCCGAUAGUCUUUGAGAAUGCAUUUCCGGGGAAAGUAUCAUCGCAGAAUCUGUAUAUCCACAGCACAUUUUCACACUCCAUGACAGUGACUUCAGUGCAAACAGUUCCUGAAGAUUCUAGGUUUUUUUUUGAAGUGACUCAGAAUGCUUCGCCUGUGCUGCAACCGAGGAGCAAGAACUGGGCAGGGAAGCUCUACUUUGACCCUAGGCGUGAAUGCAAGCAGGAGUGCUACAGUGGGUUACCAACAGCAACAACUGAGGGUCACCAGUGGCUGUCUGGACUUAACCUGCCUAGUGAUGUUGGUGAUGCAGACCUGGAGCUCUUUCAAAGCAUUCAUGGCCGCUGGUUGGCCCUGCAGGAAAGCAGGAGGCAUGUUGCUAACGUGACACUAAAAGUGGACACAAGCGAGGCACAAGGUUUCCUCAUGGAGGCACAAGUGCUCUUUCACUGGCCAAAGCUGUCAACAAAGAAUGUUCUGAAGUUUCCAGUUACGCAAGUUGGGAACCUAACAGUGAGGCAACUGACCUUGGAGAACCCAUCCAGCCUUCCUGUGCUGGUUCAGGUGUUGCCAUUAUUCUUGUACCCUGACUUGGAUGCAGCCCUCACCAUGGCUGCACACUCAACAGGCAUGCUGAAUCUUUCAGCGGCAUUGAAGAGCGAGCCCAGUGCAUUCAGCUUACAGGACCUGGAGGAGUACAAUCCAAGCCCCGACAAUGUGUUCCUAGCCUAUGGUAAAGGCCUCGAGGAAUAUUUCCACGUCCAGACACACAGGAAGUCUCUGGCCUUCCAACUGACACCGGGCAUGAGAGUACGUGUGAAAGUUGGCUUCUCACCCAAAGAUGACCAGCCUGCCUCCUCUCUGUUGCUCAUUCGGAACAAUCUGACCGUGGUGAGUGCGGUGAUGCUGAAGGGCCAAGGUGGUUAUGGCCAGCUUCGUCUUGGAAACAAGGUUCCAGGUGGUGAUGCUGUGCUGACUUUCGAACUCUCGGAAAGUCACCUGAAGGACUGUGAUGGCACAAGAAACAUGCGCCUGUCACAGCCCAACUUCACGGUACGACGAGGGUUCACAGCUCGCAACACUGGUCAACUUCCUGUGUUUGUCCAAGCGUUCUACAUCAGUGGCAAGCCUUGUCAGGGGUACGGCUUCAGGGUGUUGGACUGCCACGGUUUUGAACUUAAGCCAAAUGCCACCCGACGCAUUGACAUUGCGUUUACGCCAGAUUUCAUGCUGUCACUUGUGGAGCACACGUUAGAGCUGCAGACAAGCCUGGGCCCCGGCCGGGUGGCCUACAAGAUGUCUGCAACAGUGCCACGACAGUACCUGGGGCUGUGCCAGGCAUCGCUGCCUCGCCCUCGCUGGGAGCCCUUCAUGCAGUGCUGUGCCCUCAGUGCUGCAAUUUUCCUGCUACUCUGCGCGUUGGCGUAUGCCUACCUGGAGCGAGACCGCAUCCUUCACACAAGCUUCUACCCGCUCACCACAAUGACUGACCAGGGAGCUGUGGCACACCCAACUGGAAGGCUGCAGGCAUUUGACCUGCGUUCCCUGGCCGCUUCCUCUCCCGGUUCACAAGGGGUCACAGCUGACAGCCAGUGCUUGAGUCAAAGCUACAGCAGAGCAGCAAGCAGCUGCAGCAGCAAACGCAAGAGUCAUGAUAUGCAGCAACAGCACACAGGUCCAUGCAGGGUCGACACAUCGUGCCAGGUGUCGACCAGCAGGAGCUCUAUGUCCUUAUCGCGGUCGCCAGACUCUGAGCACCACCCUACACGAGACCCGGACACUGACCGGGGUGGGAACCGAAACGGUGUGCGGCGCCGCACCAAUGCCAGGCAGAAGCAGGAAACUGGCGUGCAGGCGUCUUUGCCAUCAAUGAGGUCGGAGUCACCAGUGCGUCCGAAGCAGGCAAUGGCAUCUUCAGUGCUGGUCAAAAAAGCUGUCGACGAGAGGCAGCUGGUGGCAUGGUGGAAGUUCAUAACGUGGUUUGGCUCAGAAGCAUGGAGCAGGGAACGCAGUGUGGAGGCAGUGGCAAGUGUCGCAACUCAGACAGCGGGUGAGAAGCAAGUACUAGUGGGCGAAAAGAAAGAAGACGACAGGAAGAGCAGGCGCAAGAAAAUGGUGAUUGAAGAGGAGACUUCUUCAACAACAACCGAGACAUCAAAUGCGGAUUCUGACCUGAGUGAAAAGGAUCAUACAUUGCUGCAUCUGCCAGAUGUGUGCACAUCAGCCAAGUUGAUGAAAGGCAAGCGGCCAAAGCUAAAAGGUUGCCCUGAACCAGGCAGCAGCAGAAUUCUGGCUGAGGCCAGUAACCAGUCACCUUUUGGCACGCCUCUUUUUGCAUCUGAUGCAAACCUUGUAGACGAAAGCUUCGAGGCCAGCACAAAGCCAAAAACACACAAAAAGACCAAAAUUGAGAGGAAGAGAGCACAUGACGAAGAAAUAAUCAGGCCAAGCACAUUGGAGCUGCCUUACAAGCCGAAGACAAGCAUAGAAACCAAAGAACCACAUGUACCGCAACCUGAAGUCUUAAGGCUAUCCACUGAACUCAGGAAAUCAGCUGAAAUUAAAAUGAAAGCACGGUCUUCUUCAUUUGAGAGUGAGCCUGACUUGCACUUGAGGAGAAGCUCGCCACCUCCGCUAUGGGAUUCUCCAAAGGAAGCUAGGUGUGCCCCAGAUGACGCAUUGGCAGAAAUAGCCAGGCAGACGGAAAACUUUGCCCUUCAGCAAAAGAGCACACGGAUGAGCCGUCCACUGAGCUAUUCUGCAGCUGUGGCCGGUUCCAGCUCAGCCAGGCCAUCGAGGGCACCAGGCAGCCCGCCUCGUCCUCCUGCACCUCCUACCAGCCGCAGCCCUGGUGUUGUCGGCCAAAAGCCAGCUGGGCUUGCUGUGGAGCCUCCACUGAAGACGAAAUCCGCUCCGCUCGGCCAUUCCUGGGAUGCCAUGAGCAGGGCACUGCCGGACUUUCCAAUCGACACAUUUUCCUUAGCAGAUAAACCAAAGGAACCUUGGCCUGAACCAUCCGAUUCCAAGCAGGAAAUUGCACCUGUACUCAGAAACAUGUGUGCUUCCUUCUCACCGGGCAACCUACGGACGAGCAGUGCAUACUGUGUACCUUCUCCGGAAGCCACUUACUCACCGUGGUCGACACCAAGGCCCACACCUGGGGAAUUCGCAUCCCCCUGGCAAGGUGCAGGAUCCAGCAACGCAACAGUUGGGGUAGUCACCAAGAGCCAGUGGGGUGCUUCAGAUGUGAGAACACCCACGAUGCACAGUGAAGCUGAUCGCUGGGCGCCCAGCCCUCCACAGCGUCCCAUUGGAUGUAGUGAUACUACGCGAGGGAAAAGAAGCUCAGCAGAAAAGCCUCAUUUAUGGGAACCAGCACCAACACCACCAGCCCCAGCUGCUGCAUUGCCAUCUGUGUGGGGCUCUAGCUGGUGGAGCAGCACCGCUGUAACGUUGCCUUCUGGAACACCGCGGUCACCUGGCAGCUUGCCUCAGGGGGACACAUCACCCACCGAAUCCAUGACCAAUAUGGUAUCAUCUAUAGGAUUGGACUCGCCAGAUGCUAGCUUAGAACCAGCGGCAUCCUUUGAACACCUAAAUCCGACCAGUCUGGGCACAGCACUGUCACACAGCAUUUGGACACAGCAGCAGCCUACUGGUAUAUCCCGCCCAUGGAACUACAGUCUGUUCCAAGACAGCGCUACCACGCCAGUGGGCCAUCCCCCAGUGGGCAGUAGUAACGGAAACAGCAGCAACGCCAUCAAGGGUCCACAUGCCCCAUUGGGGUGGCAGGACAAGGAGUCCUUCUGAAUGGCAAGAAUGCUCCCAGUGCGCACACACACACCCCAGCAAUACUUCUACAAACUGUCAACUUAUUUGUGUUCAGCUCACCCCCUGUUUGUUUGUUUAUUUGUGUGUUUCCUCUCAGCUUUGAAACUGACCAUUGCCAAAUCGCAACGAAUGCCUUGGGACUGGGUAAUAUCGCACAGUGCCAGAACAUUGUUGUAGCGGCUGGCAUGAUUCUAUGACGCAGGCUCUUCAUUAUAUUGGCAUCAUGACUGCACGAUUGAUGCCUUGUAGAAAUGCUUCACCUUGUGGGCAUUACACGAAAGUUUUCAAAAACUGCACCUUGCUGACUUUGCACAUGAAUUCCAGUUGGUCCUAAUUGCCCUUGUGUGAAGAAAUGUUAGCUGUUUGUAGAUGCUGCCAUACAUGUUUUGAGUGGUGUAGGAAGGACAGUGUGUGAAACAGCAUUGGAAUCCGUGUGCAAGGUGUCGAAGUAAAUCUUGUUGGUAGCAUGUGACUAGCAUGCCGUAUUUUUUUACACCUUCAGCUAGAGGCUUGUGUUGUUUUCUCAGCUGUGUUUUAAUGCGAAUCCCCAGGACAAGAUAUGGAAAUCAGCACCAAACUAGUUACCUGUGCCAGCGGCCAAACAUCUUGUUCAAUCCACUCAAUUCGUGCUUUUUGCUGCAUCAAAUCUGAGCACCGUGAGCCAUCACACAUCUAGUUUUGUGGCACUCAUAGUGUGAAGGAAGUACUAAGGCAAGGAAGAUAUUUGCGGUAGCUGGUGUACCUGUUUUCAUGAAAUGUACCAUUCUCAUGGCUUCGGAUUGAACUUAUCGAAGCUAUUUUCUUUCCUACUUGAUAGUGUGCUCUUUUUUUUCAUUCACUGCCCAUUGAAACCAUAUAUAAUGACAGCAAAAAUUACCAUUGGGUUAUUUGGUGUGUAACUUUAAAUUGAGAAGAUAUUGCUGAACAGAAAGGUAUGAGAGAACAGGAGGGCUGCUGUGUUAGUAUGCAUUGUGGUGCCUCUGCUGUCAUUCUUGACCUCGUACCUUUUUGCACUGCUUGGUGAAUUCGACCUGUUAAAGACUUUUGGUUUUUCGAUGCACUAGUAUGUGCCUGUCUGAUCUAUUUUUCUGCAAGCAUCGAGGAAACUGCAUUGUCAGCUGAUACGACCGAAUGUGCUACUCUGUUACUGAAAAUGUUCCCGAGUGUUUGCUCAUAGUGUGGUUCACUGGGAAAAAGAACACAAGAAUGUAUGGCUAGUGUAUUACAGUAGGAGCGCCUUCAAUUAAAAAUGUGCUCUGUUUUUAAGCCAUACCAUUUCAUUUAGAGGCACUGGUAGAACACAAGCAAAGACUGGCUCAUGCAUUUUAUGCAUGAGUGCAGCAUUGUUACGUCAAUUACUGCCUGCUCUUUACAGGGGCUGUAUUCUCAUGUGUUUUUUAUCACAGUGGACCAUGCCACACACUAAAGCAGCACAGUGUUAACCACUGCUGUAAAAAAAAGAGAGAGAGAGAAAUACCAUAUUGCAUAAUGUGAUGUAUGAGCUGGCUAAACUGUGAAGUGAAGUGCAUUUGCAUGUUUUAUCUUGGGCUUGCCUUAUGAGGAUUUAAUUUGUAGUGAUAGAGUGACUAAAUUCAGUGCUAAAGUUUUCAUCCAGCAUUCUGCGCACAAUUGUCCUUGUAGCUCGCUGCUGUGGAUUAUCUAAUUAAUAGAAAAAUACUGCAAGCAAGAGUUGCGGGCCUACUCAAAAAUUCCUGACUGAGAUAAGACUCUUGUUCAUGUACUGUAUCUGGGUUUGGUGGGAGAGUGCGAGGUUCAGAAAAUAAGCUGUUGUGCACAUAGCGCUCCCAUCAAACCAAAAGAAUUCUUGCAUGGCAUUUAGCACAUGGGCCUGCAUGUUCUGCAGGCAUACUUGCUUUGACUGGCAUGCCCACAUGCUUGCAUUUUAAUGCCUUGAAAUGAACUUCUUUUUUUUCUUCUUUUUUUGGGGUCAAGUGAAUACCUCACUGUUGUUGCCUAGUCAGGGUUUGCAAAGUUUUAGUGAUAGAGUGACUACUGCAACGAGCCGUGGUUUAUGAAGCACUUGCAGAGUGCUGUUCAUGUUCGUGGAGAUGCGGCUUUUUAUCCUUUUUUUUCUUUUAGCAGUACAGCGGUAUCACUGGUGCACUAUGCUUGUGGUGCGAGCGUUGUAAUAUAUUGGCUCUGUUCUGCACUUCUAGGACAGUGAAUUGUAUCUUUACAGGAUUUGAGGAAGGUUUAGAGCUCAGAUAUUGUGAGAACUAUACACUUGACAUAAACUGUUCCUCACAUUGUUCUGCCAUCCUUAUCCAUUGUAAGCACCCCCAAGAUUAGCGUCAGAUUCAAUAAUCCACAGGCAAGGGCAUGUGGAUUGAUGUGCUGCGACGUCCUCUCACUACCAUAAUUGACAGAAGAAAGGGGGGCAGGGGGACGUUGUCGGCUGUGAUUUACUGCUUAUGAAGAAAAUUUCAUGUCUCAUGUGCAGGCCAGUGGACGUUGCAUUCUGCGAAGUUGUUUUAAUUGCUUUCUGUAACAGAUUAAUUUAUUUUUAUUGUUUUGAAUCAUUUACAUUGUUACAGCUUCUGCCAAAGUAGUGCGCAGAGUCAUGUUUUAUCAUCAUUCUUCGGAAAGCUAUUGGAUUUUUGUGCAAGCGCAUCUGUAAAAAAAAUAUAAUCACAGUGGUUGAAGGAGAAGAUACUGUGUGUUAAAGUGUUGCACCUUUGAGAAACACAUUGAGGCUCUUUAGCCAUGUUGUAAAGCACUGCCAGAACAGGUAUGUUUUUGUUGACGUUGCAAGAAACUUGGCUUGCACAGCGUGCCGUAGAGUUUUCCUACUUAACUGCGUUGUCCUUUGUUCUCUGUGUAGCGGUGGGCUUGUGAUGAGAAGAUUGCAGACCCUUCGUGUUGGCUUCAUUUUUUUUUUCCCCUGUGCUGGAGUGGUGAAUUGAUGUGUGCUUAAUGCUGUGUUAGAGCAAAUGUGCCCUGUUCCCACGUUAAAAAAAGAAAAAUAAUAUACUAUAGCAGAAAGAAGUACCAUGCCUGUUUGGCUGCUGCAGUUGCCCAACAUGGUCAACACUGCCGCCUGCUGUGCUGUUGUCAGUUCAAUGUUUGCAGGGUUCCUUAAAAAAAAAAAUGGAAUUUCUAUCUGAGCUUUGUUAUCAGCUCACAGAAAUAAAGAGAGUCCAACACCA